AUGAAGACCACUGCUUUCGCUGUCGCCCUCCUCGGCCUCUUCCCCACCAUCUUUGCCCAGGAGACUCUCGCUCCUUCGCCUACCGAGUCUGUCGGAUGUGAGCCUCACGGCGACCACUGGCACUGUGACGGUGCCAGGUCUACUCUUGCUACCGAGGCCAAGGUCACCACUGACGCUGAGCAUGACGACGACCAUGACCAUGACCACGAUACCACUGGAACUGGCUCACUGGCUCCCUCUCCCACUGAGUCUACUGGCUGCGAACCUCAUGGUGACCACUGGCACUGCGAGGCUGCCAAGACUGGUUCAUCAGAGGCCAAGGCUACCGAUGAUCACGACCAUGACCACGAGGACGAGGACCACUCUCACUCUGCUGGCGCAACCAAGUCUCUCUCUCCUUCUCCCACAGAAUCUACUGGCUGUGAGCCUCACGGCGACCACUGGCACUGCGACGCUGCUGUCACUGCUGCGGCCACUGGCUCUGGCUCUGCCACUGCAUCUGCUACCGAGAGCGACUCUGCUGCUGUGACCGACAACGCUGCUGUCGUUCAAAUGAUUCCUUUUGCAGGAAUUGUCGCCGCUGCUGUUCUUGCUCUGUAA